UACUAUUAAUAAGAGUUAAAUUAAAUAACUCAAAAAGAAAAUUCCAACUUAAAAAGGUUCAACUGAUUCAUUUUCAUAUUCAUUUUUCAUUUGGUUGGUACAGAAGGAGUAGUAGUUGUAGAAAAAAAACCUAACCACACCAAAACGACGACAAAAAUGGCCGUUUCAAGUUUCCACCGUGUUUUCACCUUCGAAUGUCGUUCCGAUCCCGAUUUCUCCUCCCUUCCAUCCACCGAAAACCUCCGUAACAACCGUCGUCAUUUCCCCGCCGCCGGUCUCUCCGUUGCAUUUUACGGUGUCUCUUCUCCAAUCCUUCGUUUUCCACCAAAUUUUCAGCGUCAACUAAGUACCAAAGCUCGUCGUAAUUGCAGCAACAUCGGUGUCGCACAAAUCGUCGCUGCUUCGUGGUCUAAUGAAGGUACCGGCAACCCCGCCGCUGGGGCUCCUCCGGUGCCAGCCGUUGCAUCCGCUGUUGAUGCGGCGACUGCGCCUCUCCCCUUAGACCUCGAUGCCGCCGACGAUAAAAAUGUUGUCGACGCCGUCGAAAAUGGGGCUGUACAGACUAACCGUAGUUCUUAUUCUUCGUUUUUGAAAUCCGAUGCAAGCAAAACGAUUCAUGCCGCUGAAAGACUUGGUAGAGCUAUUGUGACCGAUGGAAUUACCACUCCUGUGGUGAACACUUCUGCCUACUUUUUUAAGAAAACUGCUGAUCUUAUUGAUUUUAAGGAGAAACGUCAGACUAGUUAUGAAUAUGGGCGCUAUGGCAACCCAACCAGUACUGUUUUAGAGGAGAAGAUAAGUGAACUGGAAGGGGCUGAAUCAACUAUCUUAAUGGCAUCUGGGAUGUGUGCUAGCAUAGUCUUGCUGAUGGCGCUGGUUCCUGCCGGUGGACAUCUUAUUACUACUACAGAUUGUUACAGGAAGACUAGGAUAUUUAUAGAGACUGUGCUUCCAAAGAUGGGGAUCACGACCUCUGUGGUUGAUCCUGCUGAUGUUGGAGCCUUGCAAUCUGCAUUGGAGCAGAACAAAACGUCUCUAUUCUUCACUGAGUCUCCUACCAAUCCAUUCCUGAGAUGUGUUGACAUUAAGCUUGUUUCAGAGCUUUGCCACAAGAAUGGGGCUUUGCUCUGUAUUGAUGGUACUUUUGCAACUCCUUUGAACCAGAAGGCCCUUGCCCUUGGUGCUGAUUUGGUUAUGCACUCUUGUACCAAGUACAUGGGUGGACAUCAUGAUGUCCUUGGUGGUUGCGUAAGUGGCUCUACUAAGUUGAUUUCAGAAAUUCGAAUUUUGCACCAUAUUUUGGGCGGUGCUCUUAACCCGGUUAGUCAUUUCUACACGCCUGAUUCCUUGAUUGAUAUAUGUUGCAAAUGUUUUUUCCAUGGAAGAAUAUUAUUAUUAGUUAUUGUGACUGACAUGGUGCAAAUGUGUUUACAGAAUGCUGCAUACCUAUUCAUCAGAGGCAUGAAAACGCUGCAUCUUCGUGUACAGCAGCAGAAUUCAACCGGAAUGAGGAUGGCCAAACUUUUAGAGGCACAUCCCAAGGUGAAGCGUGUUUACUAUCCAGGCUUGCCAAGUCAUCCCGAGCACGAGCUUGCCAUGAGGCAGAUGACUGGUUUUGGAGGUGUCGUCAGUUUUGAGAUAGAUGGAGAUCUACACACCACAAUAAAAUUUGUUGAUUCACUUAAAAUCCCAUAUAUUGCUGCCUCUUUUGGUGGUUGUGAGAGCAUUGUGGAUCAACCAGCCAUAUUAUCUUACUGGGAUCUUCCUGCAUCAGAAAGGGCCAAGUGGAAGAUUCAUGACAAUUUGGUUCGCUUCAGCUUUGGAGUUGAAGAUUUUGAGGAUUUGAAGGCUGAUGUCUUGCAGGCACUGGAAGCCAUAUAGGCUGUAUUCAUUAUUCACCGCAAGAUUUUUUCUAUUAGUCGUUUAUUAAUCGUGGUUUUUGUUCUUUGUUUGGGUAUAAGUCCGGCAUAUGCUAUGUGUAACUGCGGAUAUUAAUUCCUCAAACUGAUUAUGAUGUUCUUUGUUCUUUCUUGUUAUCUUGUCUGGUGAAUCAAUUGAAUUAUGAUGUCUAAUGAUCUGUUGGGCUUGUUUAAGAAAAAUGGUCUCUGGUUUGAAUCUAUGAAUCUUGCUUUCAGUUACAAAA